CAAGAUCUCCCCAUGAUCUUUUGAGUUGAAUGGCAUGCACACCGCCUACUGUUAUCACCUGUUGCCCAUCGCAGCGACGACAGCUCUGGAGAGGAUGGGAUUGGCCACGGUUCCUGUCUGACACCAUUGACGAUGGGAGAUGCACCACUGAUCGCAAGAUGCGUGCAGGCGUGAGUGAUGAGUAAUUGCACUGACCGUUCGUCUUCAUGGUGAUGCCUCCGGCGGUCGUCCUUCUCGUCGUCUUCCUUGCCCUCUUAUCGUCGUCCGUGGCGUCCUCGCCCCUCCAGCCCUCGGCGCUGCCGCCCCUCCCUCCAGGCUGGCGUGAUCGCAGGCGGCUGAAGCUCUUGCAGCUCUAUCGUGUCUUGCAACCGGCUAAUGAUGAGGGAGGGUACAACAUCCUUCCCUACACUGAGAUGGAGGAGCUUGUGCGGUGCGAUUCGUGUCAAGAGGAUGCGGCGGCUCUGUUCGAGUGGUCUUACGAGGCUGGGUUGGUUCCCAACGAGACAAAGUCCAUCUUUGAGGACAACCUGUGCGUCGUCCCCUUCAUCACGUGUGUACGGCUGAGCGAGGCGCUGGCGGAUGGCGGCCCGCGAAGGGCUACAUCAUCGGCCUGACGGGAACUGCCGAGGACAGGGAG